AAGCCUAGCUCAGUAGAAGCUUUUGCAGUUGAGGUGAAAGAGAAACUUCAGUUGACUUGUGACUUUACAUUGCAGUAUGAAGAUCCUGACUUCAAUAAUGCACUCUGCAAUCUCAGCGAUAUGAGUGAUCUUCCUAACAAAGUGACACUGAAAGUUAUUCCACAUGUUCCUGUAAUGAAUUAUGACACAGCUGUUGGAAUUAAUGAACUGAUACCUUGUACAGCAAAUGAGACACAUAGAGGAGCAGAGUCCACCCACAGCACAUCUACAGACACUGUCAUCUGACAGUUCAAACUCAAUCAUCAGUGGCCCAAGUCUUUUGAGAUUCCUGACUUUUCUGUUGACAUCAGCUACAGACUGCGACAAGGAGACCUACUUUAUAUGAGGGAUGGAACUUAUCUCACUGUUCCUAGAGACAUGAAAUACUGCAGAAGUUGGCAGAGUGCAUGUACUGUACUCAUUUAAAGCAACCCUACGGAUGAAGAUUUUGCUGAAGUUGCCACAGCCCUUAUCAAGAAGCAUCCGUGUCUUCGAGAGCAAGGAUCAUCGACAGGGUGCGGAGGGUGGAAAAAUAGUCUCAAAUGUAAGAUGGGCAAUUACCCGUCAAAACUCCGGAAAGCUGGAUGCCUUGAUGUCACAGUUAAUGCAGGAAGAAGGGGCAAGUACUGUCCUGAAGGACAGCCUCCAAAACAGAACAUUAAAAAACCACGAAGAGAUGAAAGAAAUGACCUCCCUGAUUUCCCUUUAGGAAAGGAUAAAAUAUCUCUUGAAAAAGAUAUGGAACUGCUUGUUGAAGUAAUGCGAAAAAGAUUGCCUAAAAAGACCUUAGUUGCCCAAAAAUUGGACCAAACAUUUCCCUUACGAAGAAAAGAAAUAGUGGAAAUGGAGCCACCGAUCAAAACGAUGUUGGAACGCUGGCCAGCACUUUUUACUGAGCGCGAGGAAACGGAAGUUAUAAUUCGACGUACUGUGGUUCUUCGUGGUAUCCCUGUCCUUCUUGGGGAAAACCUCUCAGAGUUUUUCAAGGAGUCAGACAAAAACAACUUCGAGCACAUUCCUGUUGGCAUUCUGACAGUCAGCGAUGGAGACUCUCCUCACUGCUCUUCGGUGAUCCCUGUACAUUCAGGCUCCACUUUUAUCAUCAUAGAGGGAGGAAUUGUUAUGGAUGAUGUCAGGGACCUGCCUCUUGCUGUUUGUCUUGUGUUUGGACUAUCAUACGCACUCCAUCUUGAUUACAUGAAGAACACAUUUAACUUCAUCCAGCAAGUCACGCUUGAUCUGGGAUCAAAGUCACUUAACCCAAAACUUCAGACUUUGAAGAACCAGUUAUUUGCCUGAAUCAACACAUCUCAGAUUAGUAGGUUGAAAUGAUCUGACCUGCAGUUCACAUGGUCAUUACUGAGAUGGCAUGAUUUACAACACAAUGUCAUAGCAAGGAAAAUACAUUUGGUCAGUUGAAUGGAUUCACUUGUUUAUUCAGUAUUUAUAUUUGUUUAACAGCCUUAACACAUUUCAGUUCUGGCUUUUAUUUCUAGUUAUUUUCAUUGUUUGACCUAUUUCAUUGGAUCACUGUAUCCUUGUAUUAAUGUCAUUAUUGUGUAUCAUGUUCUGCUUACAAGCAUUCAAAUGAGGUUUGUAAAAUAUUAUAUGAAAGUAGAGAUGUUUAGACAGCUGAGGUUUUCCAUUCUACAGUUCUGUGGACUUUAUUUCUGAGAUGCCAGUUCAAUACAUUUUGAUGUAGGACUUUUCAUGUAGAUGUUUAAUUCAGAUUUACUCAAUUGCUUCAACUAUGUCUGCUAUAAUUUUGAAAAAUAAUUGUUUUGAAGUGAUCUGAAUGGAGAUGUGAUUGUGAUUUUACUAGUUGCAAUGUAUUUGAAACUGUACAUAAAAUUAAAUAGG